AUGUUGGCGGUGACCGGAAAGGGAAAGGAAUCUCAACCAUCCACCUCCUCCUCCUCCAUAGAAUGGUUACAACCAUGUCGUCACUUUAAUUUUUUUGAGAUUCUCAUAGCAACCGAUAAAUUCAAUGAAUCAUUAGUAAUUGGGCAUGGGGGAUUUGGAAAAGUUUACAAAGGAAACAUUAUCAACGGAUCAAGUGUCACCAUUGUUGCCAUUAAACGAUUGGAUUCCAUGUCGUCUCAAGGAGCAACAGAGUUUUGGGCAGAAGUUGAGAUGCUUUCCAAGUUACGCCACUGUCACCUUGUGUCUUUGCUUGGUUACUGUACUGCUCGUGGGUUAGACUACCUCCACACUGGAACUGGGAUCGAGUUUGGUGUUAUACAUCAUGAUGUCAAGAGCUCAAAUAUUUUGUUACAUGAAGUUGUGGUCACUCUUGAUUCUAUACAAAACUUGCAACAGAAAAUUAAUAGUUCCUCACAGACUAGCAAAACAAUAUUUCGAAGAAUGCUAGAUGUCUUUCCCUUCAAUGCCCAUGAUGAUUCAAAGCUAUCAAGUAAUAGCAAGGGUAAAAUUAGAAGUGAUGGUGAUAAUGUAAAGGAUGAAGAAAAAUGUUUCACAAUUCCUAUUCCAAGUUUGAAAAUAUUUAAGUUUAGCGAUUUGGAAAGGACUACAAGCAACUUUAGUCAAGAGUGGCUCAUCGAUAGGGAUGGUUUUGGCGAGGUGUUCACAGGUUGGGUUGAUGAUAAAACGUUUGCCCCAUCAACAAGGUGUGUUGGAAUUUUUGUUGCUGUUAAAAGGUACUAUAAAGGUCUUCGAGAAUCAGAGAAGCUAGCCACAUUGAACCAGUAUGAGCAUGCCACUUGUCGCAAGUGCCGAGGAGCGAAGUCAGCUUUGUGGCACGAUGUGCCUCUUGGAAAAGCACGGUGUCGUCCGCCCCUCCCCCACCCAUACCCCUAG